AUGGGCUAUUCUGGACGCGAGGACUAUCAUGAACCCUCAUAUCUGCUACCCAUUGCCGUGUGCAUGGGUAUUUCCCUCUACAACGUCCUGGAACUGAACCUGGCUAUCUUCACGACAUUCAAAACCCGAAAGAGCCUCUAUUUCUGGAGUUUCAUGGCCGCUACCAACGGCAUUGCACCGCAUACCAUCGGCUUCUUACUUAAAAACCUUUGCUCAUCGGACAACUUUAUUUUAUACAUCUCGCUUAUCUCUGUGGGCUGGGUUCUGAUGGUGACAGGCCAAUCGCUCGUUUUAUACUCUCGACUUCAUCUCAUAUGCUGGAACCAAUUCUGUCUCAGGCUCGUGCUGGCCAUGAUCAUCACAAACGUCGUGGUCAUGCACAUUCCCAUCAUCAUUCUCAUGUAUGGCGCCAACAGCAGCGACUCGAAUCCUUGGGUUCAUCCAUAUCAGAUAUACGAGAAGAUUCAAGUCACCGUCUUUUUCUUCCAGGAACUCAUCAUUUCGACACUUUACAUCAAAGCCUGUUCUUCCUUCUUCGGCACUGAAGGACUAUUACAUGGAAAAGGCGUCCAGAGAAUGCGCAGGCAUUUACUUAUCGUCAAUAUCGUGAUAAUACUACUCGACAUACCAAUUUUGGUCCUCGAGUUUGCCGACUUUUACGACUUUCAGACGGCUUACAAAACGAUUGUCUACAGCAUCAAGCUGAAGCUUGAAUUCCACCUUCUGAAUCGUCUCGUUGAGGUGGCAAAGGGCAAUGAUGGAAUCGGUUUGCAGCGCGGAAAUCAAACUUUGCACGGUCUAAGGUUGGAGGCUUUCGAAAGUGACGGAGAUUUAUCAAGGUCCAAUGACUGCGAGCAUAGCAAUAUGAAUAGGGCUGUGGAUCACCAGAUAAGCAAGAGAAAAUACUUGGGUUCGGAGGAUGAAAUUUUAACGACUACAGAUAUAUCUGAGUUUAGGUUUUGCUUCAGCUCUUGA